GGUGAAAGUGGGUGGAAGGAAAACAGAAAAUGGCCUCAAAACCAUCCACCAUUAUUAGACUUUGUUUCUUCAACUUGAUGUUCUUCGGCUUUAUGCGUUUGAGCAGCUGCACUGUGCUCUCAUUGACCCCUCAUGUAAGCACAUGCAAUGGUUCCAUAGCUGAAUGCAAUCAAGAAGAUGAGCUGUUGAUGGAGUCAGAAAUAAGCCGAAGGUUUCUGGAGCAGAAGAAAUACAUUUCCAAUGGAGCUUUACAGAGAGACAAACCAGUUUGUAAUGAUGGUGGCUCUGGUGAAGCUUAUAGUAACAGUGGAGGGUGUCUUCCUCCCCCAUCAAAUCCUCAUAAUAGAGGCUGCUCUAAGUACUAUCGUUGUAGGUCUGAUUCUUGAUUAUGCAAAGAAACAAUCUUUAAGGUUCAUGAAUAUCAACCCUUUUUAUAUAAUCUUUAUUUUAAUAGGAACUUUCGAAUUUGAAAUUAUAAAAAAAAUUCCAAAUGGUUCUCUGAUAACUAAUACUCUGAAGGAGGGUUCUUAUCCAUUGGCAGCAGGUAUAAAUACUGAAUAACUGAAUAUCACACUACUGCUUGCAGGUUGAGUGUACUAAAGCAAAUGUUAAUUGCUAUGGUUAUAUUAAUUAUCAGUAUCUCUCUUUGUUCCAUUAUUCUGGCUCGAAUUUGACUUUUUCUAUUUUUUA